CGUCGUCUUCUUUCUUUCUCUCUCUCUCAGAGAGAAAACAGUCGGUACACCCAAAUGAGAGAUUAAACCUCAUUAAUCACAGAAUUAUUAGUCUAAUCACGGAUUAAACCCCCAGAACCAGAUUAAUUAAUUUAGAUGCGUACCCCCGCCGCACCGUAUAUUUGGUCCCCCCUCGGUCACUCUCCCAUUUAUCGCCAAUUAAAACUUGGAAAACCCUCCAGAAGAAUUAAAUUCCGAAAUUAAAGCGGAGUUUUAAUGACGACGAGAGGGAGCAGAUCGGAGAAGGUGAAGCGGAUUUUCUACCAGUUCGAUGACAACCACGACGGCGGCCUCAACCGCGAUGAGAUGGCGGCGCUCGUCGUCGCCGUAAACCCUAGGGUCAAAUUUUCCAACGAGCAGAUCAAUGCCAUUUUGGACGAGGUGUUCCGGACCUACGGCGACUUCAUCGACGGCGAGAAGGGGCUGACGUACGAGGGGCUUUUGCGGACGUACGACGACGGAGCCGGGGAUGUGGACCGUGACUUCGACGCGCUCGGGUUGGAGCUUACGCUGGACGAGACGAAGGCGUCCGAGGCGUCGUCGUCGUCGAUUGUCGACGAGCGGGUAGUGGAGUCGCAGAAGAAGCAGAGGACGGCGGCGUGGGCGGUGUCGCCGAACCACGGGAUCGUGUUCGACGACACGUGGAAGAUUGUGGACGAUUUGGAGAUUCUGGUGAAGCGGUUGAAGGCGAAGCAGAGCAAAGAUGGGAAAUUGAAGGCGGACAACAUCGACGCCUUCUCCGACGCCGGUUGGUCGAGGGAAUUGGGGCCGUCGUCGGAGAUUUCUGAGAAAAGGGUAUUUUGGGAGGAGAAUGGGCAUGAUUACGCUCUGUUUGUCAAAGAAUUGGGGGUGCUGAGGAGCCGGGCCGACGGAGCGAGGUCACGUGAGCAGGCCUUCGACGGGCACAUGGCGAUUGGAAGGGUGCUGUACGAGCACCAGCUGUUUAAGGAGGCGUUGGUGAGCUUCAAGAGGUCCUGUGAGUUGCAGCCGGUGGAUGUGCGGCCGCAUUUCCGAGCUGGGAAUUGCUUGUAUGUUCUUGGCAGGUAUAAGGAAGCCAAAGAAGAGUUUUUGCUGGCGUUGGAGGCGGCGGAGGCCGGCGGCAACCAGUGGGCUUAUCUGCUUCCACAGAUUUAUGUGAAUCUCGGGAUUGCGCUUGAAGGUGAAGGUAUGGUUAUGAGUGCUUGUGAGUAUUACAGAGAAGCUGCAAUUCUAUGUCCAACACAUUUUAGAGCUUUGAAACUUUUGGGUAGUGCUCUUUUCGGGGUUGGGGAAUAUAGGGCGGCUGUCAAGGCCUUGGAUGAGGCCAUUUUUAUGAAACCCGAUUAUGCCGAUGCGCAUUGUGAUUUAGCUUCGGCUUUGCAUGCCAUGGGGGAGGAUGAGAGGGCAAUUGCCACAUUUCAGAAAGCUAUUGAUUUGAAGCCUGGUCAUGUGGAUGCUUUGUAUAAUUUGGGUGGGCUGUAUAUGGAUUCGGGUAGGUUUCCGAGAGCUUCUGAGAUGUAUACUAGGGUUUUAGCUGUGUGGCCGAACCAUUGGCGUGCGCAGCUUAACAAGGCCGUGUCUUUGUUGGGAGCUCGGGAAACUGAGGAGGCUAAGAAGGCUCUGAAGGAAGCAUUGAAAAUGACCAACAGGGUUGAAUUGCAUGAUGCCAUUGCGCAUUUGAAGCAGCUGCAGAAGAAGAAGGUGAAGGCAACCAAUGGAGAGGGUUCUUUUGUCACUGUCGAACCCUCGAAAUUCAAGACAGUUGGGGAGAAGACUACUUUGAGGCAAGAAUUGGCCAAUGCACUUGAGAUUAGGGCCUUUCAGAGGAUUACCAGGUUGAGUCGAUGUGAUGUGGAGCAUCUUAAGAAGGAAAUGAAUGAUGGUGAAGUACCUCUUUCGUAUUCAGGUACUGGUGUUCCUCAGAGAUCCAUACGCAAGCCUAAUUUAGAAGUAAUCCUCCGCAGGUUGCUUGAUUUUCUAAAGCCAGAGACUUUCCAAGGAGCUGUUAAAGCCAUAAACGAGAGGAUACUCUCUGUCAUGGAUGAUACAGGCUCAGGAAGAGUGGAUUUAGGAAUGUUUUUUGCUGUUUUAGCCCCUAUUUGCAGUGGCUCGCCAGAAAAGCGCAAACGAGUUGCAUUUGAUGCGCUCUUGUGGCGUCCUGUAAACGAGGGUGGUGGUUCCCAGAUAAGAAAAGCUGAUGCCACUAGCUAUAUCAAUCUGUUGAGAGCCAUAUAUGUCCCUUCCCACGGGGUUAGCGAGAUGCUGGAACUCCAUGGAGAAACGGAUCUUUCCACAAUGUCUUUCGCAGAGUUUCUUAUCAUGUUUGACGACCCAGAUUGGGGUUUCGGUAUCAUGUCCACGCUGUUGAAGCUUGAAACCGGGGACAGAAACCGCCACGGUAACCAUGUCUGCUCGGUCUGCCGCUACCCGAUCAUCGGGUCCCGAUUUAAGGAGGUAAAAUCUCAUUUCAGCUUGUGUAAUCAAUGCUAUAGCGAGGGAAAGGUGCCUCCUACCUCGAAGCAGGAAGAGUACAAAUUCAGAGAAUACGGAAGCGAGGCUGAAGCCAUGAAACACAAAUGCAAGUGCUUUACAUUGCAAUCCCACAAGGCCCCAUAGCUAGACCUUUUUUCUGUUUAUUCUGUAUAUUUCCUUCGUCGUAAUGUAGUUGUUCAGUGUGAAAUAUGUAGAUCACGAAUGUGUUAGGUGGGCAUUAUGCCGUUGUAUAAUAAAUUUGUUUCUUCCA